GGGGAAUCUGCAACAGCUGAAAGCCUAGAAGGCAAAGAUCACCUCCUGUCGACCCGGUGCUCAGGGGCAGGUGACACAGCGACGGUUUCCUAGGCGCUGGUUUGACAGUUUCAUCCCCGCCCACUGGCAAGAGAGCUCCCAGGGCCGCUGCACACGCGCACCGAGUGGGCCAUAAAAGCUGCAGCGGCGGCGUCCAGACAAGGAGCUCGCCCACCACCCGCAGAGACGCGACCCGCCAUGCACGUGAACGGCAAAGUGGCCCUGGUGACCGGCGCGGCACAAGGCAUAGGCAAAGCCUUCGCCGAGGCUCUGCUGCUCCAUGGCGCCAAGGUAGCAUUGGUGGAUUGGAAUCUCGAGGCAGGUGUAAAGUGUAAAGCUACCCUGGAUGAGCAGUUCGAACCUCAGAAGACACUGUUCAUCCAGUGCGACGUGGCUGACCAGAAACAACUGAGAGAUACUUUUAGAAAAGUUGUAGACCAUUUCGGAAGAUUGGAUAUUUUGGUCAAUAAUGCAGGAGUGAACAAUGAGAAAAACUGGGAACAGACUCUACAAAUUAAUUUGGUUUCUGUUAUCAGUGGGACCUACCUUGGUUUGGAUUACAUGAGUAAGCAAAAUGGAGGUCACGGUGGCAUCAUCAUCAAUAUGUCUUCACUAGCAGGGCUCAUGCCUGUCGCACAGCAACCUGUUUAUUGUGCUUCAAAGCAUGGAAUAAUCGGAUUCACACGCUCAGCUGCGAUGGCUGCUAACCUCAUGAAAAGCGGUGUAAGACUGAAUGCUAUUUGUCCCGGCUUUGUGAACACACCCAUCCUUGAAUCCAUUGAAAAGGAAGAAAAUAUGGGCCAAUAUAUAGAAUAUAAGGACCAGAUCAAGGCUAUGAUGAAAUUCUAUGGGAUUUUGGACCCAUCAGCCAUUGCCAAUGGAUUAAUAAAUCUCAUUGAGGAUGAUGCUCUCAAUGGUGCCAUUAUGAAGAUCACAGCAUCAAAAGGAAUUCAUUUUCAAGAUUAUGACAUCUCUCCAUCCUUCGUAAAAACUCCAUGAACCUCCUAAACAGCAGCCAUAACUGAAAAUAAGCACAAGUGACUCACUCAGACUGCAUCUUUACUAAUACAGCUUUUUCAAUGAAAUGCCAUAUGAUGAAACCUUCAUAUAUCUGAUGUUAAUAUUUUUCAAAAUGAUUAGUUGAAUGUAUGGUUAAAGCUGUUUGAUAAGCUAACAAAAAUGCAGUGCAAACCAAAACUGGGUUAUAACCUAUAUAAUCUUAAAGACAACACAAAGAAUAUUCAAGAGAUAUUCUGCCUUUCAGAAAACAUAUUUAUAACAGUGCCUCAUAAAUAUUAAUGGUUUUCAGAAAGUCAUCUUAAAGGAGAUACUUGAAUAGUUAUUUAAGUCAAAGCAGAUUUUAAAUGAUUCACUUUGUAUGUUUGCACUUCAAAGGGGGCCAGCUCCUUUACAAUGGAAAUAUUUAGUAAUAAAAGCUUGUACAUGAUCUGCAAGCUCAACAUUUCAGCUCUUUGAAGUAGUGGUGUGUUUGUGGGACAGUGUUAGGGAAUGUCCUCCAGUGUGGCCAUGUCCCAGUGACAAGUCUGAUGUGUGGGAGUAUGACAUUGUUACUAACACUGAAAAUUCACAGUUCAGCCCCAAAUCAAGGAAGAUGAUUUAUUUUUCCUUCCUAACUUAAAAUUUGUAAUGAAUUCCAAAACCCUCAGGAAUGAAACUUUUAAGUCAUAGCAAAAUGGGGGUGGGUGUAAAUUUAUAUAUAUAUUGUAUAUGCUUAUUAUGAAAUGAUACAAAUGUGUUUUCCAGAUUAUUUCUCUGUUGGUUUGUACCAAUUUCAAAAGUGCCUAUCUUUCAAUAAAACUCUUGUAUUCUAAUUGACAUAAA